GUUUUCAGUCGCCAUGACGUGCAAUGCUGCUCUCACACUACACACGUGUUUUCACGAAAAUGCAUAGCAAAGAAAACAGACACACCGACAGAGAAGACAGAUCACGUUGCUUCUGAUACUAAACAAGAUAUGCCUAAACGCUAUACGGUCUCCCACGGCGUUUGAUAUUACUGGCUGGACAACUCCCCCCAAGAGCUCUCAAAUAUCCAUGGAUACUAUCAACACGGCGCUGGGUAAAUACCUUCAGUGCACUGCUGUGGAACAAUCCACAGUCUUAAAAACAGUCUAAACAUUCCUCACCUCGGGUUUGAUCAUCAUUCAGAAGAUAAAAUGUGAAAGAGGAAUGAAAUGCAUCCCAUUUUACAUAUUCUCUACUCGAGGAGUUGACGAGUAGCUGCAGGUAAAAUAUAAUCCAGAUCGACGGAAUGGUGAACACAUGCUCCCAGGAAUAUGGAAAAUCAAAAGAGGACGUUUCAGCAAGAUGCUGAUUGGACGGCGACGGAUUCAGAGAUGGAGCAGGAGUGUUUCCAGACAUUGGGAUCCUCACCAGAUCUCUGUCGUGGCCUUCCAGGAUUUUUAAGAUACAAAAGAGAGUCCCAGGAAAGGACGUACAGUCCACAGCCCCAACAGCUACUGGACUCUCCGAUAUGCUGUCAGUUCUGCGGUUCGAGAGCUUGGCCGCCUCUGGAUCCAGUUUAUGUAGAAACACGAGAGGACUUCUGCUGUGAGAACUACAGAGAGCUGUUUGAGAUUGUGGUCCAUGAAAAGCGUCUAGCUAUGAAACGUUUUGAUACAAAGCUUAAUGGACCUGCUCGACUAGAUGACCCUUUCAUUACUGACGACGAAGAACUACAAUAUAAAGCACAAGAAAGAGGAAAACACAGUUUCAGACAGCAGCAAAGAGAGAUGCAGAGAUAUGAAAGAGAUGCUCAUUCCAGUUUAUUGGCAUCACACAGCAAUGUGCCCCAUGAUAAAACAGUCAUCAGUUUUCGGCUCUCUAACUGUCCACCCAAUGAGAAAGUUAAAGAGUACAUGAAUGUGGACGAGGCCUCUGGACAAUGGACACAUGUGUCCUCUGAUCUGGGGUCAAUUCAUUUCGGUUUAACUCAUCACCAGCACAAUUCAGGUUUCUUGGAGAAGUACUACUCUAACGGAGAUAAAUUUCUCACUGUGUUUCCAGAUGCUUCUGCACAAGUUUUCUAUCCCUCAGGAAACUUGGCUGUCAUCAUUCUGAGCAGUAAGAAGGAAAGGAUCUGUAUUGUACAUGAUGAUACGCCGUCUCCUCUCUGUCCAGUCAGAGCCCUCUUUCAGUCUAACGGCAGAGCCACUUGUUACCAUAGCAACGGCAGCAUUUGGUUGAGUAUGGAUGCUUGGGGUGGGCGGAGUCUAGAUGAAGGCGGGAGAAGGAUGAGAUCAUGGAGCUGGACGGACCAGGCUCAAACACCAACACCCCUGAGACCACUCUUUCUGUCACUCAACAGAAACGUAGGGGUGCGAGUUCUUGGGCAACAGUUGGUGUUUGUGUCAUUUCUUGCUUCUGGACAGCAAGCCAGAUUCAAAGUAGGGAGCUGUGAGCUGUCCAAAGAACACAACAUACCUCCUCAAGUCCUCAUGUGUAAAGAGGAACUGGUACUUUUGGCAUGCAGGGUAAGCACCCACAUGGCUCUGAUACGGUUACAGCAGUGCCUAGCCUUCCCAUCCAGCCCAACACACCUGCGGGUCAGACCUCCACCUUUCCUCCACUCGCUGGUACGAAGGUUAAGGAGUUUAAGCCACAGAGUACAGAUGGAAGAGCCAGACAAAGCCUUCAUCCAGAGCUGUCUGCAGGCCUGUCCAUGAACCCACAUGCUCGAAAGAAGUAUGCAAAACAUGCUGGAGUAAUUUUACUUGACUAAAGAAUUUUUGCGAUUAAAAAAAAAUAUUCUCAAACACGGCAGCUUCACUCAACCAGCUAGAAACAGUUAAAAAAAAAUCUGCAUAGGGAGUUAUUUCGCUCUUACACUAACAUCCAAAGCAAUGAGUCUCAGCCAUGUUGGCAUAUGGUCUGCCUCAGUGACAGUUAUGUUGUUAAAUAAAAAGUUGAUUGAUAGGUGAUCAGGCCAAUCGUAAUGCUGAAUCUUGACAAUUUGUCGAACCAGACAUGACUGUAGUUACCUUCUGGUGUUCAGUGAAAAUCGUGCAUUUCAAUAAUCAAAAGCCUUCAUUACACAAAAAAACCAUUUGAAUCUCAGUUCAGAAUAGGAUUCUAGAUGCUGAUAAGCACAUAAGACUCUUCACCUGAAGUGAUCUGGGUAAGACCAGAAAUAGACCCUAUUCUGGACUAGGUUAAUGACAUUACACGACAAAUGGGUGAACAGUUACACUUCACAGCAUGUUUAAUAAAAAAUAAAAGCCAUUUUCUAGUGGUAAAUGGCUAAUAGUAUGAUUUCAAUCCUUGA